CCAUCUCCAAGGCCCUUUGCCUCCAAAGACAAAAAUUCAAAAACCCUCUGAAGAGCUUUGGCGACAAUUGGUAGUUGAUUCUUGAGAGCGCGACUUAGAAGCGCAUAUGGAUUUUGUUUGGUAUGGAAUGGAAUUAAUCACGCAAAAAGCAGAAGAAUCCAGGCAGGACUACACGGAUUCCAAACUCAACAUUGUACAACCACGCAUAAAUGAGCAGGAAUCCACACACAAACCGUUGGUUACGUUCUUUAUCAACUCCAAUUCAGCAUUUCUUUAUCCGCUUUGUCAACUCCAAUUCAGAAUUUCUUUAUCUGGAUUUACAUUUGCUGGAUUGGGUGUCUGCGGGUCCUCUUUUCGAAUGAAGUACAAUUUGGGUUCUUUAGUUCUAGGGUUUUCAGUCUUGAUUGAGGGGAGAACUCUGUUUGCUGAGAAUGAUGGCUUCUCCUCCUGCUGCUGUUGAGGAGAUGCUCAUUGAGUCUGGAAUUGAGCUCUCUACACCUCCUUCAUCCACUGGCGAGCUUCUCAGCCUCCUUGAAAAAGCUGAAUUAGAACUGAAGAGCAUAGGGCAAGACCCUUCAGUGUCGAUGAGAAAUGUACUUGAGCCAAUUAAAAAAGUGCUGAUUGAAACGAAACUUCUGAGACAUUCUGAUAAAAUCAUUGAGGUUUCUGUUGCAUCUUGUAUCUGUGAAAUUAUGAGAAUAUCUGCACCCGUUCUACCCUAUGAUAAUACAGAAAUGGAGGUCGUUUUCCAUCAGAUUAUAGCAUCCCUUGAAAAGUUAUAUGACAUUGAUAGUAACUACUAUAUUAAGGCUCUGAGAGUUCUUGAAGCCGUUGCGAAGUACAGGUUGUGUGUGAUGCUAUUGGAUUUUGACUAUGUGUUAGCUGUUAACGUUUUCCAACUGUUUCUCAAUAUCAUCAGUCAUGGGCAUAUGAUCUGCUUGUUUUAUGCUGUCACUUGCCAUUCUACAUUGAGAUAUGAUGAAUAUGAUAUUCUUCUGUGUUUGUGGGAGGACCACCUGUAGAAGGAAUAUCUGCUCUUCAACUUCCUCAGGUACCACUAUUGGAUGCCACUCCAACAAUGAAUAACAAUAACCUGGAACCUGAUGGGUCAUUGAAGGCAUUAAACAAUCGCAAUCAGGCUGAACAGCUAAAAAGAUACUGAUGCACCGUCUGAUCCCAUGCAUAAAAAUACAAAAGAGUUGCAACAACAAAUGGACCUGAGUGCACUGUCAGAGAAGAUAAGACCUGAUAAGGGACAUGAUUCUUUUGGGAUGAACAAAAGCAAACGCUCUGAUGAAGAACCUACUAUCAAGAAGGAACAAGAGAAGAAAUCUUGAAGUUCAUUGGACAUUAAUGCAACUUCAAUUGUGUUAGCUUUGCCAGCUGUAACUGGAAAGGAGUCUGUGACUAAGCCUGAUGUGUUAGCCCCCAGCAGCACAAAAAGUCCUUGCAAAAGGGGCCAACCAAAGAAGAAUAAGACGGAUCUCACCGUGCAAAAGAGAUAUGAAGGGACUAGGUCUGCCCAGAGAAAACUUAAAGAAAAGGAUUCUAAAAAGCUUCAUACUAUUAAAGAUUACGGAAAAGAGUUGGUAGGGGCUAAAGUCAAAGUCUGGUGGCCCCGGGAUAGAAGGUAAGUACUUAAGAAGGGCAAACUGAAUGACUGUUUUAGUACCCAUUGAAAUAGAACGCUUCACUUGUUCCAUUAUUACCUAUUGAAAUGGAAAGCAUCAUUUGUUCCAUUGAUUACAACAUUUGACAAUUUCCAUCAGUUGUUAUCGGCUUGUGUUUUUGAACUUCAAAUGCAAUUUUAUAAAUUUGACA